CACAUCUCUAUUCUCCAGGUUCAGUGUCUGUUCUCUCAGUCUGAGCUCCAUCAUGAAGCUGCUUGUGUUUCUUCUGUUGCCUUGCCUCUCUCUGGGUAAAGUUUCGCCAGGGUUUGGAAAUUGCACAGAGUUCUUUUUGAAUAAAGACCCUCCGGAAUUCACACCACAAUGGGGCACCACAGUCGAGAAGAUCUGCCAGUGUGUUCGGCACGACAAGAAAAAGAUAACGUAUCAUUAUGCAACUUUGUACAACACAGAUUGGAAGAUCCCCAUCUACUCAGCGUAUGUGUUUCAUGGGUAUGCAAGUGUCGCUAGGGUUGAUCGUUGGUACAUCGAACCUCAGCUGGAUGGACAUACUGAAGAAUGUAUGGCACCUAAACAACUAAAAACCAUUAAUAAUCAGGCCGUGAAGAGUGACUAUGAGGUGUCUUAUAUGUUAGGCAAUGAGGAGAUUUGCUAUGACAAAGGUCACCUGUACCCAGUUCAGCACACACAUGAUGAAUUCUCCAUGCUGGCCACCUCCACCCUGACCAACGCCGCUCCACAGAACUCUUGUUUCAAUCAGCGUAAAUGGAACCAACAUGAGAAGGUUGUUAUUAAAGAUCUGGAGUCCUGUAGUAACGCUUAUGUGGUGACUGGUGUAGUUCCUGAUCUCACCAAACCAAAACUGAAUAAUAAAGUUCCUGUCUCAAUGUAUUACUGGAGAGCCACCUGUUGUCUGAAGAACAGUGUGUACACAGGGAAGGGCUACUUUGGACCUGAUAACAACAACAAAGUGAAGCAAUUAUCAAUUAAAGACCUACAGAAUCAGCUGGCCAAAGAUUACAACGUAACUAAAGUUGUAAUUUUCCCAAGCCUACCAACACCCCCUGGGUCCAAAAGACCCCUGGUAAAUGUUGGUUGUGUCUAGUUUAGCCUUCAGCCUAUGAGCUAAAAAAAGAAAAUUUGACAUUUAUAUACAGAUCUUCCCAUCUUUGUCCACUUCACUGUUGCCCUGUUACUGGAUUAACAUGCAUGCAAUGCUGGAUAUAUAAUCAGUGACAUUUAAUAAAGACUGUGUGCAAAUGUG